AUGUCCAUCGUCUACACCCGUCGGCCCAUGUAUGCCACGGUGGCCAACUACCUCGGUCCCCGGCAGAAAGCAGCUGCUGCCGUAGACGUCGCCGUGCGCGGCCAGGACCCCGAGGAGCUGCCGAGCCUGCACCGCGCCAGCAGCAGCGAACCAUAUCAUUACAUGGCCGCUGUGGCUCUAACCAGUUCUGGCGUCAAGAUGCGGGAAGUAGGGCCCGCCCUGGCCGCAGUCUCAAUCGCUGCUGGGCGCGAGGGCGUGCUGGGUCUAGGGGGCGUGCUGGGUCUAGGGGCUGGCAGGCGGCGCGAAGGUCUACAGCGAGGCAUUAGUGGCGCUAGAGCAGUUGCCCGCAAGCACGGCAAGGGUGCCGUUCUCGAGCAGCGAGGACGCCCAACUCUGGAGCCUAUCGCGGCUGUCAUUGUCGUCGACGAAAGCGAGGGCGUCUGGCUCGGAUAUGGGGUCUUUGGGAAUGCGGCCGUGCUGGGCAGCCUCAGCGGCGUGCGCGUCCUUAAGGGUCUCGACCUCGAGCGCUUGGUUGGGAUUUCGAUGGGCAACUGGCGGUAUGGUCUGGGCCCGGGUCGGCGACGCCAUUGGUCGGAAGCCGCGCUGCUGAUUGGUCUUGUCACAGGCAUUGCCAUCUCGGUCUGGUUCGGGCUCACGCGGUCCGUCGAGUGGAAGAAGAUUGCAAGAGAUUCCGUGCGGUACUUCAACUUUGCAGCCAGCUCCUCCUAA